AUGUCAACAGUCACAGUUGACUCCGAUACUACACAGAUCGCUGAUUUUGUCAAUAGUGCGCAACAAUCAAGUAACACACGUGGACUGACAAACAAUCCAAUCGUUCAAAUUCUAGCAAGUGGUAAUCAAAAUACUGUGGGCCAAGUGAUUAGUUCAUUAUCACAGGAAUUCAACAGAAUCAACGGCGAAACUGUAGAAAAUGCUGUUGCAAAUGGUGUUCCUGCAUCUAACAUUGCUGUUUCAACCUUAGAUAGUACCAGUCAACCAACAUCAUCAUCCGGAAUAAAUACAUCGGCACUCAACGAGUUCAACAAACAACUCAACACAUAUGCAAGUGUCCGAGACUUACUAAUCACGUUCACAACUAAUCUGCAACCAGCAACGGCACCUGCUAUCCAACUACAAGCAUCAUCCCUAGCUCAACUCACUCAAGCAACCAAUCAACUCACGCGAUCCACUGCGACGAUUGCAGCACAAAAAUGUUAUCAACUUGCAGUCACUUUACGUUCUUUGGCAAUGAAAAUUCCCUUCGAAGAUGUGCAGGCGUCAACCACGCUCAUUGCACAAUGUGCUAGCAAUGCUCUCAAUGCUGUCAAUGGUCCACUACAACAACGGACAACUGUACUUGAUCUCGAUUCAUCUCGAGCGAAUGCUUUUCCUCAAGAUUACGAUACAGAUCUUGAAUCAGAAUGGAAUAAUCCAAAACAGCUUUCUCUACUCGGCGUAAAUGAUCAAUUGGGGGAUUCCCUUGAAAAGAACCGCAAUCUCUACUACCAAAAACAAGCAGCCAAUGAAAUCUCUCUUUUGAAAACACAAACGAUGUCGCUGCUGACAGCAUCAUUGAAUAUUCAUUUAAACAUUGGCCAAANGUACUCGCUUGCGUGUCAAAUCUGCAUGGUCUUCUGA